UCACACACUCUCUUUAUAAAUUUUAAAACACCUCCCCCCACCAAAAUUGUAUAUUCACACACACAUAAUUACUCAAUCGCUCUGUCUGUGUGUUGCAAAAUUGAUCAGAAAAAAAAAAAAUAAUAAUAAUAAAGAAGAAAAUGUGGGAUGAUGAACUCACGGACAGUGAAGACGAGAAAGCCGUUGAAGAUAUUCUCUCACAAGCAUUCGAUCAUUCUCUUUUGGAACAAAUCGCCGCUAUUAACUGCUCUUCUUUCUCCAACUCCGAUCACCUCCCUUCUCACCUCGAAAACCGCUUCCGUAAACUUAAAUCUCUACCUACUUCUUCAACUGAUCGAUUUCUUCCGGCCAAAUCUAACUCAUUCACAUUCACUCCUCCGUCCAGUCACGAUGAACAAGUUCCAGAUCUGAAAACUAAAUCGGAGAAACCGUCGCCGGAAAAUGAUUCUGACGGAAAGCAAGUUGCGAAAACGAAGACCGGAAUCGAUUCGUCGUCGCCGGAAUCGGAAGCUUUUCGUUGCCGGAGUUCAGGAGAAUAUUCCGAUGAAAACGAGAAAAAAGUAAGGAAAAAAUCGAAAAACGGAACAGGAUUGAAUAAAUCACGGUCUAGUUCAUGGACAGAAUCGCUGACGUCAUCGGAAUCGGAAUCUGGAAGUCCGGUACGGCGGAGUAUUGGUUGUUUGUGGUGUAGUCCGAAAAAGAAGGUGAAAAUGAAGAAAAAACAGAAUAAGAUGAGGUAUUUUGGGGAUGAUAUUGGAAAUGAGAAUGAUGUUGAGUUUAUGAAAAUGUUUAGUGAAAAAGAAGAAAAGAAGAUAAUGAAAAGAGCAAUGAAAGAAGAGGAAAAGAUAAAUAGAGAAGCAGAGAAGAUAGUGAAAUGGGCUAAACAAGCUUCUGAUAGAAUGAUGGAUGUUUCUGGUCUUGUAGACAGUGACUUUGAUGCAUAUAUUGGUAAAUCAAAAUGAUUGAUACAAUACAAUUAUUAUAUGAGUAUAAGAUACUCUAUUUUGAUUUGA